CGAAUCCGGGAUUUGAGUGUGCGGGCAUCUGCUCGGUGUCUGACACCUUUGUUUCUCCUCCUUCGGGCACUGAGGUUUUACUGGGCGCCCAGGUGUCGGUGGCACGGAUCCUCGUGGGCAGCCGGAGCAGGGAAGUGCAGCUGCCCGAGCUGCGGCUGGACCCGAGAAGUUCAUUGAUGGCCGGAGAGCGGGAAGGGCCUCGGCGAUGGAGCAGGGGCUAUGGGUAGGAAAGUGGCUUUGGGGGGAGAGUGAGGUGCUGGGGAUGGCUGAGCAUUCUCCGUCUUUCUCCCGAAAUCCCUGCUCCAUCCGUGCUCCACGGCAGAGACCUGGUGGGUAAAAAGCCGGAGGCUCACAGGCCCUGCGGGAGGAUGGCGAAGGAUGCGGAUAACCUGGCACAUUGAACAGUCUCCUCUCACACCUCUACGCUGCCAAGUGCCCGUCCAAAAUCAUUGCAUCUCCCCCUGGAGCCUUAAACAAAUGGCUGUCACUCCUCAGCCGAGGCAUUUUAGCCGAGGAGGGUUCCUUUUCCUCCCGUCGCCCUCACGCAUCCCUAUGUCCAUCCUUUCCCAGGACACUGAGCCGGGUGUUGGAUUUGACGAGCACAGUUUCGUUACAGCUUGUUUUACACAGCCUCCCGUGUAUCUGCUUUAAAAGUCCUUGCACAUGGAUCCAUUGGGGAAUUUUAGGCAGUCACGUAUCCCUGAUUUAAACACUCUGGGACAGGCGCUGACUGGGGAAGACUACGGGUUUGGAAUGUUUUUAAUCAAAAGCACAUCAGUGUGGAAUAAAAACCCCCUUUAAGCGUUACAGUUUGUGGUGUCAAUCUGAACAGCCCAGGAGAUGUUUAAACAAAGUCUUGGCAAGCGGAUGCUGCUCCGGGACGUUGAAUUCGGAUUUCUUCUCCCACCCAAUCUGCAAGGGAACAGGGGUGAGAUGGCAGCCACCAAAUCUCUUUUUGGAAUUACAUGUGGCUUGCAGCAGGCACUGUUCUUCCACACGGACGUGGCCUAACAGGUGUCAACGCCCCCAUGGCUGAGGGCCGCGGCUCUGACCGCCCUCAGGAGCCGCCGCCAUGUUGCUUCGCGGAAGGGGGACCAGUUCGGCUCGCAGCGCUACGAGACAGCCCCGGGUUCGCCCUGAGGCCCCUCUCAGGCCGCUGAAGGAGCGAGCUGGGGGCUUUUGGCCAGCCCCGGGCAACGGGUCACCUCUCCCGGGGCAGCGGGCAGGCGCCGGAACCCGCGCGACCUCGGAACGGCAGGCCCGGGCGCGGCGGGUUGGGGGGACGGCACUAGGUGGCACACCCUUAAAGAGCCCGGGCCUGCCGGAACGCUUCUUCUCGGCCUCGGGGAGCGAGUUCCGCGGGGAAUGGUUUCGGCGGCGCACCAGGGCGGCUCGGCAAAAUGGCGGCGCCCAGCGCCCGCUGCCUGUGGCGAGAGCUGCCAAAAAAGAUGCCCAGAAGAGCAGGCAGGAGAAGGUGAAGGAGCACAAGGAGAAGCCCCUCCCCCGGAGGCGGCCGCUGAUGAGCAAGCCCGUGGACGACGUGUACCUGACCUGGCUCUACAGGAGACCCUCCUACGGGCUGGAGCAGGCCGUGGGCAUGCUCAAGAGGUUCCAGGAGCUGGACUUCACCCACCCCAAGCAGUUUGUGUACAUCAACGUCUUCCUGGACAUGGCACUGCACAAGAAGAAAAAAGUGGAUCCUUUUUCCAGCGGUGUCGCUCUUCCCCAUCGCUUUACAGAUGAGGUGAACAAGGUUUUGGUGUUCACAGAGAAUGAGCAGGAAGCUGAGGCAGCUCGAGAGCACGGGGCUGCCAUCGUGGGAGGAGUUGAAUUAAUCAAAUGGAUCCUGGAGGAUGAAAUCCAGGCUGAUUUCUACGUGGCUGUCCCUGCCAUAAUCCCCAAGUUAAUCCCCCUGAGGAACAAGCUGAGAAAGAAGUACCCCAGCACCAAGAGAAAUUCCCUGGGCAGUGACAUUCCCAGAAUGGUGCAGUUCUUCCGAGAGUGCCACGAGUACUCGGUGGAGGACGAGAGUGUCAUCAAGACAAGGAUAGCCAGACUGGAUAUGCCCACUGAGCACAUCAUUGCCAACCUGAAAACAAUUGUCCAGGAUAUCUGCACCUUCAAGCCAUCCAAUUUUGAUCCCAUUGUGCAGAGGCUGGUUAUCAGAUCCUCCACCAGUGAGGGCCUGCUGCUGAACCUCGAUGGAAUCCUACCUCAGGUGGAGAAGGCAGAAGAGAAGGAGGAAGAAGAUGCAGCUGAUGAGGAUCAGCAAAAACCUGCCCAAGAAUCAGUCAGUACCUGAUGUCUUUGCCUUGUGGGCCUGGAGCUCGAGCUGGGGAAGCAAAUGUCAAGUGACACUCAAAUCAUGCUCUGUGAGAAGAAAAAAUAAAUGCAGCUUGUGGAUUUCAUGUCUAAA